AUGAGCGAGGGGGCUGCCGGCGCCGCGGCGCCCGGGGCGGCGGAGGCGGCGGCUGCGGCGGGGGGCCCGGGCGGGGAUGGGGCCGGGGGGCCGCCGCGGGAGCUGCGCUGCAGCGACUGCAUCGUCUGGAACCGGCAGCAGACGUGGUUGUGCGUGGUACCCCUCUUCAUCGGCUUCAUCGGUCUGGGGCUCAGCCUCAUGCUGCUCAAGUGGAUCGUGGUGGGCUCCGUCAAGGAGUACGUCCCCACCGAGCUGAUGGACGCCAAGGGCGUGGGGCAGGACCCCUUCUUCCUUUCCAAGCCCACCGCUCCCCCCCGCGGCGCGGAGACCACCGCCGCGGCCACGCCGCGGCCGCCCAGCCGUGUCAGCCCCCGCCUCACCACCAUGAGCCGGGCGCCCCCGCGGCCCCCCGGCACCCGCGGCCCGGCGCGGGGCGGCCCGCGGCCCACGGUCCCCCGACACCCCGUGUCGCCGCACACGGCGCCGCCCGCCAGCGGCCCCCCCGGCACCCCCGGCCGCGGCGCCCGGCCACCGCCCGCCGCCCCCAGCACCCCGCCGCUGCCCGCCUGGCCCACUGCGGCACACGCUACCUCCUCCUACAAGAUCUACGUCCACGACUCGGCGCCGUCCUGGACCUUGUCUCCCUUCCAGGAGUCGACCACCACCACGCCGGAGGCCAGCACGACCCCCAAAACCCAUACCACAACGUAUUCCACUGAGCGAUCUGAGCACUUUAAGCCAUGCAAAGACAAGGAUCUUGCAUAUUGUCUCAAUGAAGGGGAAUGCUUUGUGAUUGAAACCUUAACAGGAUCACAUAAACACUGCCGGUGCAAAGAGGGCUACCAGGGAGUCCGCUGUGACCAAUUUUUGCCGAAAACCGACUCAAUCUUGUCAGAUCCAACAGACCAUUUAGGAAUUGAAUUCAUGGAGAGCGAGGACGUGUACCAGCGCCAGGUGCUGUCCAUUUCCUGUAUCGUCUUUGGCAUAGUCGUAGUGGGCAUGCUUUGUGCAGCGUUCUACUUCAAAACAAAGAAACAAACAAAGCAAAUUCAUGAACAGCUGAAAGAAACACAGAAUAGGAAAACCUACAGCCUAAAUGCUUCCAGCAUGAUGGCAAAGUCGGAGUGUAUGGCACAAAGCCAAGUCCAGCUGCAAAAUUAUUCAAAACCAGACAGGCAUCCGGGGCCUAUUCUGCACAAGGUUAUGGAGUCUAGUUUUUCAGGCCCUCAGUCUUUCCCAGAGGCCUUGUCUCCUGACAGAGGAACUCAGCCCAUCAAGCAACACAGAAGUCUCUCUUCAUGCUGCAGCCCAGGACAGAAAAGUGGGAUGCUACAUAGAAAUGCCUUUCGGAGGACUCCUCCCUUGCCUCGGGGUAGGUUCAAUGGAAUUACAGGACCAGCAUAUCAACAGCUAGAAGAGUCAAGGAUCACAGACCAGGACACAAUACCUUGUCACGGGUAUUCAUCCAGUGGUUUAAAAACUCCUCAGAAUACUUCAAUAAAUAUGCAACUGCCUUCAAGAGAGUCAACCCCAUAUUUUAAUAACGUGGAUCAGAAGGACUUGGUCGGCUAUUCAUCUUCAAGGGCCAACUCCGUUCCCAUCAUCCCGUCUGUGGGCUUGGACGAAGCCUGCAUGCAAAUGCAAAAUGUUUCUGAAGUAACAGGCAUCAAAUGGUGCAAAAACUCCUAUUCCGCUGAACUUGUCAAUGUGAGUUCCCCUGUCAGUAAUUGUCUUAUAGCAGAACAACACGAAGUGAAAAUAUUGCUAGAAACUGUGCAGGAGCAGAUCCGGAUUCUGACGGACGCGAGGCGGUCGGAGGACUAUGAACUGGCGAGCGUAGACGCAGAGAGCAGCGCGAGUGAAAACACGGCCUUUCUGCCCAUGAGCCCCUUGGCCAAGUCGGAGCGAGAGGCGCAAUUUGUCUUAAAAAAUGAAACGCAAAGAGACUCAGUAUUGACCAAGUGACUUUGUGUGGGGGUUGUGGGAGGGGAAAUGAGAGAUCUGUGCAUUCGAUGCUUUGCUAAACAGGAAGGGAGGAAGUUAAAUACAAAUUAUUUAUAUGCAUUAAUUUAAGAGCAUCUACUUAGAAGAAACCAAAUAGUCAAUCGCCCUCAUAUCAUAGUGUUUUUUAACAAAAUAUUUUUUUAAGGGAAAAGUUCCAGGAGGGAUGAAGCGUGCAUCAGGUGCUUUCUAGGCAGGAUUACACAGUUUCAGUUACAGAGGAUUUUACCAUGGUCCCGUUCAACUGUCCAAAGUCUUAGGCUAUGCAUCUUUUUUUCAGUGAAGUCCAAGACCAUUCUUAGAUGCAUUUGUGGUUUCAGGGCAGUGCUGCAGCGAGCUACUGGCCAGGGAUUCAGACCCUGGGGACCAAGUCCCGUGAGCCCAGCACAGGUCCAAUCCCCUCUCCCCCUCUCCUCUUGAUUCCAGGUUCAUACCACAGAAACAGGCACACAGAUUCCUCCUUCUGAGUUCUGGUACCUGCUGUGGAAUGAGGACAUCCCUAAACUGAACAUAUUCUUAACUCUCGACCUUAAUUUGAUGUGUCGGUCAGCCAAGAAAGUCAAUGGAAUCAGUUGGGAGCUUUGGGUUUUGCCAAGCGUGGAGAGGGAUUGGGUUCUGUAGAGAUUCAGUGGUCAGAAGCCGGUGGCUGCUCCAUCUUCUGAGCUUUGCCUACCAGAGCUGCCUUGGUGGAGAGUUAGGAAGAGCAAGGGAAAAUGCAGAAGUGUGUAUUACAACAGGUGUGGUUUUGGUUUCUGAUUUGGGUUUUUUUUGAGUGGCACCAUAAACUCCGUUGUUCGUUAGCACCCCUAAACAUUUCUAAACUUUUACACUUUGAAGGCAUUUGUGAGCUCUCAAGGAGCACUUCUUGGUGUCUGUGUAUAUUUUUUUUUAACUUACCUUUUAUCAUGAGUUGUUCAGAGAAGAGUCAGGGAGAUCCAGUAUGAUCAAAAUCCAGCUGAUAAGUGUUCACUAUGCCUAAUUUGUUCCUGCAUUCAGUUCUCCAGUUACUUUAAUUAAUUAUGGCUUAGGCUUGUGAACUUUAAAGUUUCAACCCUGCAGAUGAUUCAGUAUGGACAGACCCGCAGGCAUGCACAGAUCUGAGUCUAAUGGGGCUGUAUAAGAGCAGAUGGUUUCCACCAAGUCACUCCCUGCAGGGGAUCAAGGUCUUAGAGAAGAAGUGUCAUUACCUGGCUGCCAUAUCCCAGUCACAUUAGAGCACUUUUUCCAUUAGCUUUCUUUUUAGUCCCUCUCUCCCCCAGAAAUUGUAACAAAAUAUGCCAAUAGUGCAAUGAAUUGGGUUCGGUGACAUAUAUUACCGGUUUUAUUGGUAUUAAAAUAUCUGCUUAUUCUUGGAGGGAAAAGUCAACUAUGAUAAAUAAUUGCGAAAUAGCCUUCCGUGGUUAAUGUCAGAAGAUUGAUUAAAAAAACCCAGUAUAUACAGAAUGUAUUUAAACAUUCCUUUGGAGCAAAUUAAUGGUUAAAUUUAUUAAUGUGCCCCAGACUUUCUAGUUCACAAGUCUCAAGACUUCCCAAAAUAGCACAAUCGAUCACGCUGUGCUGUUGUAUGUUGAGUCAGAAUAAAGCAAUAUUUUAACCUCUGUCAAGUAAAUUUGGAAAAGAAAUACUGAAGGUGUAUGUCAUUUUUUUUGUUAAGGCAGUAAAAAAAAAUUAACAGUCUUCAUUCAGCAAGUCUUAUUUUGGGUUUCUUUUAUGGUUUUGAUUUCGGGGUUUCUUUUAAAGAUAAAGUUGAUGAAAUUGUCUUGUUUACAGAACUUUCUAUGGCUGUAAUCUUUGCUGUGUGUUUUCAGUAGAAAUAUAUUUGAGGGCAAACUGUUGUUCUGUGCCCCAGGAUGGAGCCUGUCUUGUUUGGACUCCCUUCUGCAAAGACACAGAGCUUUUGUUGUAUCAGUGAGGUGGAUCGCCAUGAGGUUUGGUCUCGCCCUGACGUUUUUCUGCCGUAUGUUGUGGCUGGGCACAGUCUCACUGCGUGAACUGAGCUGACUGUGGUGGGUGUGGUCCCAAGCCCACACCAGAUAAAUCCUCUGAAAGACAGGGUGUAUUAGGUGGGGCUCAGCUUUGCAUCCCUACAAUCAUAUGACUUUUCUGUUAACAGCGUUUACAUCCCACCAUCUGAGGGCAUGAGCAAAGUGAGCUUGCUUCUGCCCUUAAGCCCUGUGAACAUACCUGUAAUAUAAAAGCUGGUUACUAUAUAAAGCUCUGGUUCAACAAUUUGUAAAGUAUGAUCACUAUUAAUAAAUUUUUCACCAUUAAUUUCAUCGAGAUGGUCUCUCUGCUAAAAUGUGCAGAAUCCUGCCCAAAUUGUUGUUUCAGAAUUAAAUCUUUUCAAUCCAGACGUAAGACCUCCUCACCCCCAAAUUCUUCCAAACUCUGCAGUUUCACCUCUGGCAACAUAAUGGAAACACACAACAAGAUUUCAGUUGAAGAAAGAACCAUAUCAUAAGCGAUGCCUUUAUGGAGUGAAUGUGUUCACGCAGCACCCCCGAAAGACCCAGAAAGAAGGGACAAGCAAUGUAUUUAAGAGAAUAAAAUGUCUAACUGAAUGACAGAUGAAGAUCUGAAAUGGUGAGGAUAUCUUCGGUUCAUGUUAGAGAUGCGAUCUUGUACUCAGCAAAGGAUGUGUGACUGUUAUAUGUUAACUGUUCUAUUCAGUUUUCAGCAUGUUUGAAUAGAGAGACGUUAAUAUUAACCAUA